AUGGCGCCAGUCACCCUCCCCGAGCCAUUCGCUAGCAUCCCGAAAUCAGACUUCCUGUUCGGUCCGUCAGCAGUCCAUCACCUGCCGAGAAUAUCAGAGGCCCUGGGGGGAAAGGUUGCCAUCUGGGCGAAGAGAGAAGAUUGCAAUUCCGGAAUCGCCUUUGGAGGAAACAAGACGAGGAAACUGGAAUAUCUGGUGCCCGAGGCUCUUGCGCAAGGAUGUGAUACUUUGAUCAGUAUCGGAGGAGUGCAAAGUAACCACACACGACAAGUGGCCGGCGUUGCGGCGAAGCUGGGUCUCAAGGCGAAACUGGUGCAAGAGCAUUGGGUCGACUGGGCGGACCCCGGGUACGAGAAAGUCGGCAACAUCCAGCUCUCCCGCCUGAUGGGUGCCGCGCCCCGUCUGGACCCCUCGGAGUUCGGCAUCGGCCACAAGCAGACGCUCGCGAACCUUACCAAGGAGGUCAUCGAGGAAGGCGGGAAGCCGUACUACAUCCCGGCCGGAGCUUCCGACCACCCUCUCGGAGGCCUUGGCUUUGCACGCUGGGCGUUCGAGGUUGCGGAGCAGGAGAAGGAGCUGGGGGUCUUCUUCGAUACCGUGCUGGUGUGUGCCGUUACGGGCAGUACCUUCGCCGGUAUGAUCGCCGGAUUCAAGCUUCUUGAGAAGAAUGGGGCACCAAAGAGGCGGGUGAUCGGCAUUGACGCUUCUGCCAAGCCGAAAGAGACUCGUGAUCAGGUCUUGCGGAUCGCGAAGUUCACAGGUGUCAAGAUUGGGUUGAAAGACGAGGAUAUCACUGAGAAGGAUGUCGAGUUGGACGAGAGAUAUCACGAUGGGUGCUACGGUAUUCCCGGGGAGAUGACCAAGAACGCCAUGAAGUUUGGUGCUGAGACAGAAGGGUUCAUCACUGACCCCGUGUAUGAGGGGAAGAGUCUGGCGGGAAUGAUGGACAUGGUGAAGAAUGGCGACAUCAAGGCUGGAAGCACCGUCUUGUAUGCGCAUCUGGGUGGACAGUUGGCAUUGAACGCUUACUCGGGUCUGUUCGAAUAG